GAAGAUCAAGAAUCUCUGUUGCGUUUAGUGCUCUAGAGCCAGCAGUGCGUCACGAAGUUCGAGUGUGUGUGGAAAUAGAACGAGUAGAGCCGCGAGCCCGAAAGGAGAAUGUACAGCAGUAGCACAAUGUUGAAGUAUCUGACGCUUGCCUCAGUCAUCGCGACGGCCCUCUGCGCCAGUGCCGGUGUUCGCGGUGCGGCCAAACACGAGCCGAGCGGAGGCGAGCUGAGCGUGCUGCAGAAGGUGUACGAUGAUUGCCAGGAUAAGCAGGAUUUCACCGGCUGUCUCAAGGGCAAGGCCUUGACCGCCAUCUCCCGUGCUAUUGAUAUGGAAUCCAUCCCACUGCUCGAUGGAAUCGCGCUGGUGAAGCAGGAUAAGGCCGAAAACGUGACCGUGCCGCUGCUGAGCGACGCCCGCUCCAUGAGCGGCCUGAGCACCGUCGACCGUUCCCUGCUGGACAAGGUGGAGCAGUUCCUGCGCACCCACGUCGUGCGUUUCGACAUGCGCCAACAGGAGGGAGCCCGUGGCAACAAGCAGAACAAGCACCACCGUUACCUGAUCGCUGCCUUCCUGACCGCCAUGGGCAUCGCUGGCCCGAUCGGUCUGAAGGCGCUCGCUGCCAUCGCCGGUAAGGCACUCGUCAUCUCGAAGGUGGCCCUCACCAUCGCCGGUAUCUUGGCGCUGAAGAAAAUCUUCGCCCAUGAUCACCACGAGGAGACGAGCUUCCAGGUGCACGCAUCCGGACACGAUAACCGACGAACUGCCUACGUGAUGCGCCCCUCGAAGGUAGCCGCCCCGGCCAGCGUUGAUCCCUACCGGUACUACUACGAACAGCAGCAGCAGCAGCCGCAGCAGCAGUACGCUGCCCAGAUGUAAAUUUUGGUGCCAAACGCUCUCUCUCUCGAAAUAGAUGCUCUUCCCGUUGCGGCGGGAAGAGCAUGGGAUUUUCCACACUGGGAAAUCUCGAAACAAUGGAACAGGAGGCGACAACGACAACGAAAAUGACGAAAUCGAACGAUCGUUCUUGGUAGGAGGCUUCUCCGAAUCCUUGCCGAUACGCGACGAUCCGGAAAAGAUCUCCCCCAACCGGACACGAUUGUAAAGUGUAAUAUUUAUUUUAAUUUAUUUGCUAAUCUUAAAUCAUUAUCGUUUUCGCCCAUUCCUUCCCCAACUACACUGUAAACACAUGAUAUGUUUCGGAAGAGUUCAUUUUUUCUUUAUAUAUAUUGAUUCUGAUUAGCCGAAUUCAAAUGGAUGAUGAUUGAACGAUCCCUUCGAACGAUCGGAUUCGACAUCACAAAACAUACAGCGAAAUAGCCAAAGCCAGUAGACAAGUAAUACGAACGGAGCUGCCAAAC